AUGUAAACGAGAGAUAUGAAUGAGCCUUUUCUGCAAAGAUAGCACAAGCAUGAACACGACCCCUAUGCUCAUGCUGCACACUUUGAGCGACCUAGAUUUGAGAGCUAUAGUGAUACUACAUUACAAGUACUUAGACUCAUUAUGGUUCUCUUGAUAGUUGCUAUCUAUGUUGCCUCCUUCUUUAUGCAACCAUUUUAUGUCCAUUAUGUCUACAUCACCUAUUGGGCUAUGCAUCUCUCUCUGAUAUCCUUAAUACUUUCAUUCGCUUCAGGAUAAGAUAAGCAUAAUUUAGUGAUGAGAGAAUGGUCUUUGGUUACCACUGAGAUUGCACUAACUCUUACUAUCGUAGCAGCAAUAUUCUACUGGGCUAUCGUCAGAGAUGAAAUGUAUCAGAAUUAUGAUUGGAGACCAUUAUUGAUGGUGUUCUUCAAUUUUCUCUUAUCUGAUAUCAAUUUCUUGAAAAGAGACAUUGGGAUGAUCAUCCUUUUCGGUGUAGGCUAUGUUGUAUUCAACUUUUUGGUGAGUAAACUAUCUGGAGUUCCUAUCUAUCCAUUUAUUACUUGGUACAAUGUCAAAUCAUUUGUAUCAGCAAUCGUUUUCAUUUUAGUGCUUGGAGGCAUAUAUAUGGUCCUAGUAUUCUUGAGUGCAAUGCUCCCCAGACUAGAGAGAGGGUAUGAAGCUGACAGAUUAAAUAUCUGA